AUGCUCGUCUACUUCUUGUUAGGUAGUGCGGUGGCCUAUAGCCUAGUCAUGAUUAUUUAUCGUCUUCAUUUUCACAAGCUCAGUAGGUUCCCAGGGCCUCGCCUUGCUGCCGCAACAGUGUUGUAUGAGAUUUACUUUUCUGCCUGGGGUCCUGGCAUUUUCGAGUACGAGAUAGACAAUAUGCACCGAAAAUUUGGCCCGGUUGUUCGUAUUACCCCCGAUGAGAUCCACAUUCAAGAGCCAGUCGGGACUUCCAGCAAUUCCGACGGCUGGGUCAAAGGUACCCGGGAACUAGAAUCUGGCCAUUGCCGACCAGGAAGCAAAGCCCAUAGUUUCCAAUACAAGAGACCAUCGAUUUCCCGAGUACUAUCUCUGCUCCGGGUGGAAGUCAAUCAUAUUGUCAACAACUUGAUUGAGAAGCAUCAAGUGCAUAGAAUGUUUAGCUCAAGGCUUCGACUAUUUCUUGCCUCUCCCAGCGAGAAGAAAGUUCAACCAAUCAGUGAAAACGAAGGCGGCGAUGUAUCCUAG